UCCGUGCCUUUUCGCGAGAUGUUAAUGAUGGGCUGACUUUAGCAAUACAUUUUUUUUUCCGGAGUCAAUUUUUGUCGUCUCUCCUUUUUUCAAAGAGAAUCAUGACAACCAUCACGAACCAACAUUUAAUAAAAAAUUCCUUGUCCGAGGUACCACUUUGGAUUAAAAUAUGGGUAUCUUUAAGCUCUUUAAUUGUAACAUGGGAUUUCGGAUAUUGUUUACUAAGACCUCAUAGCAUGGAAGGUGGAUCGUUGAACUUUCUUUGGAAACCUUAUAAUCUUUAUGGACAGAUUGAUCAUUUCUAUGGAUUGCCUGCUUUUAAUUCUCAUGAUGGUUUCACAGGCGCUCAAGCUGUAAUGAAUGCUAUUGAAACAUUUUUAAAUUUUCUAUAUCUUUGGCUAUUGCGAAAAAAUGUGAAUGUAGGCCAGGCAAAUUUAAUAGGCUUCUCUGCUGCUCUAAUGACACUUUCAAAAACGAUAUUAUAUUGGCUUGUAGAACCAUUUUCUGGAUAUCAACAUAUUGGCCAUAAUACGAUGAAAGAUCUUAUAUUUUUAUGGAUUAUUCCUAAUGGGUUUUGGAUUAUUGUACCUAGCUUAGUUGUAUACACAUUAGGCAAAGAUAUAAUGUAUCGUUUAAACAAUUCACAGAAUUUGAAACAACAAUAAUAAAAAGUGUCCGUCAUCCAUUUUAGGAAAAUUAAAUAAUGUCCUUUUCCCCGUGCCUAUAAAAGUUAAAAUUUGAGUUUGAAAACCUUAUUUG